UAAAAGAUUUUAAACUUCGUUCAAAUCGUAUCAUAUUCAAAUUGUGAACCUCCGAUCCUCACAAAAAAUGAACCUUAAUAUAAAAUUUUUAAACUUUUUAACAAAGAAAUGUCAAUUUGGAUUGAAAUUAUGGCAAACAAAUUAUAUGACCACCAGCGCUAAUCUGUUAAAAUUGCAUGAGAGAGGAAUUUUGUCCGGAUUGUUGCCCGGAGAUAAAAGUCCAGAAUUGUUGAAAAUGUUAACCAGUUCCAGGCAGACGAUAUAUUGCGGAUUCGACCCGACAGCAGAUAGUUUACAUGUCGGGAAUCUACUUCCACUAAUUGUCCUCUUGCACUGCCAACGAGCUGGCCAUCAAUCCAUUGCUGUGAUAGGUGGCGCAACAGUUCAAAUUGGAGACCCCAGUGGAAAGAUGAGAGACAGGCCAGUUAUUCCUAUAGAAACGAUUGAGAACAACAUAGAGGGCAUCCGGAAGAACAUUCAAACUAUCUUUGAGAACCACAGUAAAUAUAUAACAACAUCCAAUGAAUGUAAUAACAACAGAAGCAGAAAAAAACCUUUAUCGCAGAUUCAAAUUUUAGACAAUAGAAACUGGUACAAAGAAAGGAAUGUGAUAGAAUUCCUAUGCAGUGAAGGCAGGCAUUUUAGAUUAGGCAACAUGCUAAGUAGAACGAGUGUUCAAACGAGGUUAAAUAGUAAUGAAGGAAUCUCUCUUACUGAAUUCAUGUAUCAGGUAUUUCAAGCUUACGACUGGUACUACCUUUACAAAAAUUAUGGAUGUUCCAUUCAGGUAGGAGGAAAUGAUCAGACCGGCAACAUAGUGUCCGGGUUCGAAUUCGUCUCUAAACUAACGAAAACCAACUUAUUUGGUCUGACGACUCCACUAAUCACCACAACAGCCGGGGACAAGUUGGGUAAAACCGCAGGAAAUGCAAUAUGGCUGUCCAACGAUAAGACCAGCUCCUUUGAUUUAUACCAGUUUUUUUACAGAAUAGCUGACGAUGAUGUUGAGAAUUACCUCAAGCUGUUUACCUUCUUACCUGACGAUGAAAUAUUUCAGAUGAUGUCUAAACAUAGGAAUUCUCCAGAAAAGAGGCACUCACAAAAAAGAUUAGCAGAGGAAGUAGUCAAACUCGCUCAUGGAGAGGAUGGUCUAAAAUCAGCUUUAAUGUGUACAGAAGCCCUAUACAACAGCUCUAUAGAGAAGCUGUCACGCCUAACCAGAGAUGAAACUCGGACAAUAUUCAGUGGAGCAGUCAUGAAUAAGAUAUAUUUCGAGCCAGGAACAAAAAUUAUCGAUUUAGUUAUGAAAUCAAAAUGCUUUGAUAAUAUUAAUGACGCUACAAGGAUUAUAAAAGCAGGAGGGGUCCAGGUGAAUAGUGUGAAAGUAGUUGAACCGGAAUACGUACUUAUACCCGGCCAACAUAUUCUGCCUAAUAACCUAACUAUCAUUAAAAUUGGCAAAAAAAAUUAUUACAUAGUAGAUUGGCUGGGAACUGGUUUUGACAACUCUCCAGAGGAACAGCGUGCUAGAGAUAAAUUGUAAAUGUGAAUAAAUAUACUCUACAUUUUUACUACAGAAGAUCAUUCGUUAUUGCCCUAUUUGACUUCAAAUUUCAAACCACAAAAACAUACACACGUACAAAUUCGUUUAUAUGUAUCACAUUCUUCACACAUACCUACUAUCCAUCUACCUACAUACACACAGGUGCACCGACUGUAGUUAAUAAAUUCAAGAAAGAACAUAAUCCCACAGACAGUAAUGAAAAAUAAUUGAUAUGAAGGUUACAUAGGAUGGUGAAAAUACAACAUCUUACUACUAAGAUUACAAAGGAUGAUGAAAAUACAGCUCCUUGCCACUAGCUCACAAGCAUUGACAAAAUGAUAAAUUCG